GUGUCAGCAGGUUGCUCCCAGGGCAGGAACACCUGGAUUCAGAGCACCAGAAGUAUUAACAAAGUGCCCCACUCAGACCACAGCAAUUGACAUGUGGUCUGCAGGAAUCGUAUUCCUUUCUCUGCUCAGUGGACGGUAUCCAUUUUACAAAGCAAGUGAUGAUUUAACUGCUUUGGCACAAAUCAUGACAGUUCGUGGAUCCAAAGAAACCAUUCAGGCUGCUAAAACUUUUGGUAAAUCAGUUCUGUGUACCCAGGUUGUCCCAGCACAAAACUUAAGAACCCUCUGUGAGAAGUUGAGAGGAACAAAUAGCAGCUGUAAGAGAGCCCAGGGUGAAGUGCCCAGCAAGUCUGUAAAUGACUCAGCUUUGCCAGUUGCAACAGACAAACCGUGUGCUCCUGAGACACUCAGAAAACAAAUUCAACACUUGAAGAGCUUUCAGGAGGGUGAUGGUGCUUUGGAAAUGAAGGCAACAGACAUGAAAGGAUGGGAUCAGGUUCCUGAUGAAGCAUAUGACCUACUUGAUAAGCUACUAGACUUAAACCCUGCAACAAGAAUAACUGCAAAAGAGGCUUUGCUGCAUCCUUUUUUUAAAAACGUGAGACUCUGA